GUACCACCCCAGAGCAGCCAUCCUCAGCCAAGCGCUGUCAGGGGCUCUUUUCUGUCUGGAAGGCCACGGGCACUGCUGUAGAAGAUGUGUGAGGAAGAGGACAGCACUGCCCUUGUCUGUGACAAUGGCUCGGGGCUCUGUAAAGCCGGCUUUGCUGGAGACGAUGCUCCAAGAGCAGUUUUCCCCUCCAUUGUGGGUCGUCCCAGGCACCAGGGUGUGAUGGUUGGUAUGGGUCAAAAAGACAGCUAUGUGGGUGAUGAGGCUCAAAGCAAGAGAGGAAUCCUGACCCUGAAAUACCCCAUAGAGCACGGCAUCAUUACAAACUGGGACGACAUGGAGAAGAUCUGGCACCAUUCUUUCUAUAACGAGCUCCGGGUUGCACCUGAGGAGCACCCAACUCUGCUGACUGAAGCACCCCUGAAUCCCAAAGCCAACCGUGAGAAAAUGACACAGAUCAUGUUUGAGACGUUCAACGUGCCAGCCAUGUAUGUAGCUAUUCAAGCCGUUCUGUCCCUCUAUGCCUCUGGACGUACCACAGGGAUCGUGCUUGACUCUGGGGACGGCGUCACCCACAAUGUGCCCAUCUACGAGGGCUACGCCCUGCCACACGCCAUCAUGCGCCUGGACCUGGCUGGCCGCGACCUCACCGACUACCUCAUGAAAAUCCUGACGGAGCGCGGCUACUCCUUCGUCACCACUGCGGAGCGUGAAAUUGUCCGUGACAUCAAGGAAAAGCUCUGUUACGUGGCCCUGGACUUUGAAAAUGAGAUGGCCACUGCUGCAUCUUCCUCGUCUCUGGAAAAAAGCUACGAGCUUCCUGAUGGUCAGGUGAUCACCAUUGGGAAUGAACGCUUUCGGUGCCCAGAGACGCUCUUCCAGCCUUCUUUCAUUGGCAUGGAGUCUGCUGGCAUUCAUGAAACCACUUACAACAGCAUCAUGAAAUGUGACAUAGACAUCAGAAAGGAUCUUUAUGCCAACAAUGUGCUGUCUGGAGGCACCACAAUGUACCCGGGAAUUGCAGACAGGAUGCAGAAGGAAAUAACUGCCCUGGCUCCUAGCACCAUGAAGAUCAAGAUCAUUGCUCCUCCUGAACGCAAGUACUCGGUCUGGAUUGGAGGCUCUAUCCUUGCUUCCCUCUCUACUUUCCAGCAAAUGUGGAUCAGCAAACAGGAAUAUGAUGAAGCUGGUCCAUCCAUUGUUCACCGCAAAUGCUUUUAAAUUGCUUUUUCUUUAUAUCCUUAGUGUGAAUGUAUUCAGGGAAGUACAUUCUUAUAAUUUCAUUCCAUAAAUCCUUCAUCGUAAUUAAUCUAAUUAAUUGGAUACUGUGUAUUUCUUAAAAUAAAUUUUAAAUAUGCUAUGAAAUUGCU